AUGACCCGAGGAGAUUUAAAUCACCAGCAGUCUGUUCACGCUGCUGUGAGUUAUAAUGGCCGAGUGAAGAUGGGGGACUGGAACUUCCUCGGGGGGAUAUUGGAGGAGGUGCAUAUCCACUCGACUAUGGUUGGCAAGAUCUGGCUUACCAUCCUUUUCAUUUUCCGCAUGCUGGUGCUGGGGGUGGCGGCCGAGGACGUGUGGAACGACGAGCAGGCUGACUUCAUAUGCAACACUGAACAGCCUGGAUGCCGCAAUGUGUGCUAUGACCUGGCUUUCCCCAUCUCCCUAAUCCGUUACUGGGUCCUGCAGGUGAUCUUUGUGUCCUCUCCCUCACUGGUGUACAUGGGUCAUGCACUCUACCGGUUGCGGGCACUGGAAAAGGAACGGCAGAAGAAGAAGGCACUGCUGCGUCGGGAGCUUGAGAUGGUGGAUGUGGACAUGGCUGAGGUAAGGAAGAGGAUUGAGCGGGAGAUGAAGCAGCUGGAUCAGGGGAAGCUCAACAAAGCUCCUCUUAGAGGUUCUCUGCUGCGUACCUAUGUGGCUCACAUUGUCACUCGCUCUGCCGUGGAGGUAGCUUUCAUGACGGGCCAGUACCUCCUUUACGGCUUCCAUCUCUAUCCGCUCUUCAAGUGCGAACGGGAGCCCUGCCCCAAUGCGGUGGACUGCUACGUCUCCAGACCGACAGAGAAGAGCGUCUUCAUGGUGUUCAUGCAAUGCAUUGCUGCGGUUUCCCUCUUUCUGAACAUCUUGGAAAUCUUGCACCUGGGCUACAAAAAGGUUAAGAAGGGCAUCUUAGACUACUACCCUCCCAUGACAGAUGACAGAGAGGAACUUGACAACUACUAUGCAAACAAGUCUAAAAAGGAAUCUGUUGUGCAGGUGGGCAUCUGUACAACCCGUAAGGCGACGAUUGCCUCUGCGCCCAGUGACUACAACCUCCUGAUGGAGAGGUUUCAGGGUUCAAAUGUGUACCCAAACCUCAGCAAUCCUUCAGCCUAUCUACCUUCUCAGGGCAAAACAACCACUCAGCAAGUAUUGGAUGACCCUAUAUGUGUGGCUCGUAGCCCCACUGAGCACCCCUGUAACUCCGCCAAUACUAAUCAUGAGGCCGGCUCACCGCCGUGUGACUCUGUGAUCUUUCCAAAGCAAGAGGAAACGGAGGACCUUACACGACACAGUCAGGAGAGCAACAUCAGUAAUGCAGGGAGUCCAUCCUCUCCAAAAUGCCCAACGGACACAGGUCACACAUAUGCUUGUCCCACGCUACCAGUAAGUGCAGUAAGGAGGCCAUGGAGGGGUCACUGCACCUCCAACUGCUCCACAGUGCUGGAGGGUAAGAGCUCGGACACAGACUCGUAUGGAGGCGAGAACGCCAGCUGCGAGUACUCUUCUGUUCGCACUCGAUCCAAAUCGGACGCCAAACAGAGUCCAGCCUCCACCCCAGAAUCACAGGAUGAGUCCUGCUCAGGAUCGGGGCACAGCCCAAGAUCAGCCUCAUCUAACCGCAAAACAUCUAUUGCAAGUACUUCAAGCAGCAGGCGAGCGCCGGACUUGAAAAUCUGAACUCUGAAAGUAAAUCAUUUAGUUUUUAUUCCUUAGUUUCACUGUUACUUCAAAGAAACCUGUGUGAUAGAGUUGAAAAAUCUCUAUUCAGUCGAUUAACAUUCUGAAUAGCAGUUCAUAUAAAUGAUUAGCAGUACUUGGGACCUCACUCCAGAUUAUUGGCAGCAGAUCAGAAAUUUAGAUAUUUGGUGUUUGAUUUUGAACUAGAAAGCAAGUUGCUGGACGCUUUGCUGGCACU